GUGAGUCUGAAUCAUCGAUAGGGCGACUGUCGGAGCUAAGAAUCUAGAGUGAUGGGACCUGAGUGAAGGAACAGCCGCGAGUGAUCACUCUCCAAGCCGGUUAUGACAGGCAGUGGCACCCGGUGUGUGUGAGGUUAGUGUGGUGCUCUCUCUCUCUCUCUCUCUCUCUAGACAGAGCUGAGGUGAAAGGGUCAGGAUGGCUUCCGCCUGUGCUGAGAUCUGUGGGUCAGACUACGCUGAACAGACGCAGCACGACCAGAGAUACGGCGUCAGAUCAUACCUCCACCAGUUCUACGAGGAGUGUACUGCCUCCAUCUGGGAACGCGACGAAGAUUUUCAGAUUCAGAGAUCGCCUAGUCGGUGGAGCUCUGUCCUCUGGAAGGUCUGUCUAGCGUUAGGAACCCUGAUUCUGGUGACAGGCCUCAUUGUCCUACUGGUGGGCUACGCCACCCCGACUAAGAUCGAAGCGUUCGGGGAAGACGAGCUCCUCUUCGUGGACGGCCACGCCGUCCUCUUCAACCGAGCCUUGGACGUGUGCAAGCUGACGGGCGCCGUACUGUUCUGCGUGGGCGGCGGGCUGAUGGCUGUAGGUCUCCUCCUCUCAGCCUUCUCUAAGAGCUACUCCAAGGAGGAGCUGUACCUGCAACAGAAGUUUAAGGAGAGGCUGGUUGAUAUCCAGAAUACGGUCCAUCCCGUCACCAGAGCCCCUACUCCGGGGGAGAGUAAGAUCCCUGUCACCCUGUCUAAAGUGCAAAGUGUCCAGCCCAACUCAGAGACAUAACAGUUGUCAAUGUAGUAGUGAGAGGUAGA